ACAGUCGGUUGUCGAAGGUGUAAACAUGUAUUAGUAAUCGUAGUUAUAAAAAGUUAUCAAAGUGCUUUUCUUACUUUUAUAUGUUUAUAAGAUAGAUUAGAAAAUUAGCUUUAUAACUUAACCAAUAGAACCUCAAAAACAAUGGAAUAGUUGUUGAGAGUUGCAAGAAACCUUUCAAUGGCUAGUGACAACGAUAAAAGUUCGGGUAAUCAGAAUUCUGAUGGUUCCUUGAAGAGCAAUAAGAAAUUAGACAGUAGCGGAAAUAUAGGUCAAACGGAGGACAAAGCAAUUCAGGGUGUGCAGGCAGUUGGAAAAGGAGGGCGACAUUUAUCAUUACCAAUUGAACCUUCAGCUACAAACGGUGAUCUGUCCAAAAAACAAAAUGGUACAGCGGUGCGCACGAACAGCUUGGGGUCAGGCGCGCGCACGCCGCCCGCGGAGAGAACCAAAUCAAAAUUCUCCGCAUUCGGUAGACUAUUUAAACCAUGGAAGUGGAAACGGAAAAAGAAAUCAGAAAAAUUCGAAGCAGCUUCUAGAACGUUAGAAAGGAAGAUAUCCGUCCGAGCAAAUAGAGAUGAAUUAGUGCAAAAGGGAAUUCUCUUACCGGAGAGUCCAGUGACUCCUGUCCCUGAAGGCAAUGAGGACGCGCCUACCGAGUACAACGAGGAGACGCGGAGUGAGCCUGGCGGUGGUGGCGGGGGCGGGGGAGGGGGCAUAGCGAGCAUGCACGCGGCGUUACAGGCACAGCUAGCCUCGCAGCUCGCUCAGCAGGCCCAGCAGGCGCAGCACGCCGCGCUAGCGGCCGCCGUCGCCGCUGCCGCCGCCGCGCACCAUCACCACCAGAACAACAAUGUCAUAGAACCAAAGAAAGACAAAUUGGAAAAUGGUGGCGAGCUGGUGAGGCCCGAGCGGCCCAACUCCUUGACGGCGGGCAAGCUGCCGAGACGAAUAUGUUAUCAAGGAGAUAUGAGCGGUUAUGGGGGUGGGGGUGGGGUUGGUGGCGUGGGCAUGGAGGGGGACAACUCGCAGCUGAUGCUGUCCGACCUACCAGAGCCGCCUAUCGCGGUGUCGGAGAUCGGGCCCAUCCCGCCGCCGCCCAUGUUUAGCUCGCCCAGCCCCACGCGCCACCAUCAUCACCACCAGCAUCAACACGCGCUCGCGCACCAUCCUCUCUCUGACUACCAUGCGCUGCCUAGCAGACGGCCGCCGCCCAAACCGAGGAUCCGCAUAUGCACGCGGCCGGUGCGCGUGGGCAACGCGGCGGAGAACAAGGAGAACGCGCGGCCGUGGGAGGGCGAGUACCGCGACGACUACUCGAGCGAGUCUGAGCGCGUGGCCGCCAAGCUGGCGCGCAAGGAGAGCCUUAACAUCAAGCUGGCGCUGCGCCCCGACAGACAGGAACUCAUUAACAGGAAUAUUCUGGUAGUGCAGAGCGAGCACGAGCGGCAGGAGUCGUGGGAAGCCAUCGGGGCCAGGCUCAUACGGCGGCUGUCGAUGCGGCCCACCGCUGAGGAACUUGUCGAGCGGAAUAUACUCAAAAGUCAAUCUCCCGCGGAGGAAAAGAAGCAGAAGGAGGAGAAGAAGCGCUACCUAUUGCGCAAGCUCAGCUUCCGACCCACCGUCGAUGAGCUCAAGGAGAAGAAAAUUAUCAGGUUCAGUGACUACAUUGAGGUCACGCAGGCGCACGACUACGACCGUCGCGCCGACAAGCCGUGGACGCGGUUGACUCCGCGCGACAAGGCCGCCAUCCGCCGCGAGCUCAACGAGUUCAAGAGCUCCGAGAUGGCGGUGCACGAGGACAGCAAGCACCUCACCAGAUUCCAUAGACCAUGACGGCUGUGCCUUAAACUCGGACUGGACCGCGGCGACACGCCUCGUGGCUGAGCGAGACGACAGCUGCCACUGCUCGCCGCCGCCACUCGCCACGUGCUGCCGCUGGUUGCCACGGUUGCCACGGUUGCCUCGGCCGCCACGGUUGCCACCGUCGCGACUCGCCGCGCCCUCUUCGCCGCGGUCGCGGUCGCUCCUGUGAUUUUAUCGUAUUCAUAUUGACUUCUUCCGAUAUCCGGAAGAUUCGUUUGCAAUAACUUACCACAGCGCAUCGGUAAAGUGUUGAAUAUUCUAAACUUAGGUUAUAUCGCCGUUUCGAAGUUACAUUGUUUUUGUAAGCGUGUACCGCGAGUGCAAUUUUGUUUUAAUUUACCUUUUUUAUUAUAUUGUAGUUUAAUCGAGUACAAUUUAUUACGAUUACAUUAAAGUUUGUUAUAAGUUGGCGUAUCCUAAGCGUACCUAUACAUUCUUUGAAUUGACCUUCGCGUAAGGUUAGUGAUAAUGGUUAUUGUGGUCGAGAUGUGAGUUUUAAAAGCUCCUGAGAUAUCGAGUGAUUAAUUGAAAGUGCGAAACGUUAUCCAACGUAGGAUAUUACGUAGAUUUGUGAUUUUUUCUUAUAUUGCUAGCUUUAGUAGUCGAUAGCUAGAGUUGAAUGUGUGUUUUGUUCCACAUUAUUGAGGUUGCAAAUCGAUUAUUACAUGCCUUAUCAUAUUUCCAGUUCGAAAGAAACAAUUAUUUAUCAAGUACAUGAGUUAUGUAUUAGCUAAGAAUUUAAAUUAACGAUAAUUUGUUUGCAUAGUAACGCUUUUGGAGAUACUACCACAGAUUUUCACUAAUCGUUUCUAGGUUAUUAUUGGAUUGUAGUGCUCGUUCAGCGGACAACUAAAUAAUGUUAUAUUCAUCAUAUUAAGCUUUUGACUAAAAUUUUUCUUCCAAGAAAUGUAGUUCAUUGAUAAAUAAGUGUUAUAUUUGAGAAAUAAAAUAAUAGCUUAUAGAUAUACUUAUAAUAAUGGUUACAGACGCGAAAAAUUACUAUAUGUAAAGCUAAAAAAGCAAAAAUCAUUCACAUACACCUUAUGUGAGCUUGCAGAUAUUGGUCUCAGAUAUUAUGAUGUAAUUUUUAUUUUUUUUUAAAUUAGCCCAUCUAUAAAAUAAUGGUCAUUGAAACAUUGUAGAUGGCUGCUCAUGUCUAUUUUUCAUUGCUUUUACUAUAAUUGCAUUUUCUUUUGAAUUCCACGACCUCAAAUAUAGCACUUAUUGUAAUAAUUCAUGUACCAAUAUAGAAUACGAGCUUUUUAUAAAAAUUGUUAUUGUGUUACCUCAAAUACGUAUGUGUCUGUUUGCAUCAUUUGAUAUAGAUAAUAUAUUUUUAUAAGCGGACAAAAUCACAAUACUAUUUAUUAAUGGAUCUUGUUAAUUAUCCAUUGUUUCUAGAACAGGAAAGGACAAUGUGCUGAAAGCAUGUGCAAAAGAGAAAAUCUACACAUAAGUACAGAAAGACGAUGUCAAAACAGUAUUUGUAUUAAUUUGUAAUUGUAAAAUCAUUUAAAUCUCCAGCUUACAAAUUCUUUUAUUUAAAAGUAUAAUGGACUCACUAAACAUCAUUUUCAAAAAUAUUUUUUUUAAAGUUUUUGUGUCUUAAUUGACAAGGAAACUUCGUGAAAAACUAAUUGAGCUAAGAACUCGUUAUCUACAAACCUAGCAAUAAUACUAAAGUUCUAGUUAAGUGAUGAAAGUUACUAGUAAAGAAUAAUCAAGUUCUAUAUAAUUUCAGCCGCCUUAAAAUCCAGUAUGGACAUCUUUCUCAAUAAACUAUAAAUGUUAUCGUUUUUAAGAUAUAGUUAGAUGUUCUAAUUACUGCAACAUAUUAAAAUAUUGAGUGUUUGAAAGCUGGAGAUUCAAUUGAUGUGGGGUAAAUUAGGGCGGGGCUUGUCGGGAGCUCGGCGGGAACAACUUGUUAAUCCUCUUGUCGAUCUAGCUUAGGACUAGUUAAGUAAUUCAAGUUGAACGAACUUUCGCGUUAAAGAAUAAUUAAUGAUUAAACUUGUGUAAAAUGUAGCGGUUUAAUAUUACGCCUAUGAGAUUAAUUUCAGUAGACGUUACGUUGUAUCGCAAGACGCGGUCGUCACACUAAUGUAACUUUUAGAGCAAUAAUCUGAAGUAAAUUUUCAUAAUGAUAACGUGGGAUGUUUGAAGUUUGCGAAUGUAGAUUGUGUCGAGUGAAUGAUUGUUUAUAUUUUUCAACCAAUAAUUGUUUGCGAUGAGGUGCCAUUUUAUCGUGUAUCUUUUAAUAUGUUUUUUUUUUAAUCGUGAAUACCAGUUGUUUAGGUACACGUGUAGGUACCGUGAGCAGUUCGCGACGCGGCUCGCAGACGAAUCGAAGUCAAGUGAUGUUAUACCUGAUGGUUAUUCUUGAGACCAUUCCAUUAUAGAAUAAAGUGGAAGCCAAAAUAACGACUUAUUUUUCUAAAUGAUUUUGUUAGAUUUGCAAUGUAAAUGUAAAAGAUAGGUAAAGUAGAGUUUUAUUGAUAUAAGACGAUCAGAUUUCCAAAGAUCUAAGGCUCAACUAAAUUCCUUUAGCUCGCUCACUUCGAUCACUUUCGGCUUGUUUUAGAAUUGCGGUUUAUUCUCGGACUACGUUAGGUUUUGCGAAGAAUCUACUUUGGGACAACAUUUGAUGCAUCACUCGGUUAUGUAUAUAAUUACCAUACAAAUGUGAUAAGACUUCUUUCGUUGUAAUUUUUUAUAUUAUUAAGUAAGUACAUUACAGUUUUCAAAAGUAACAGAUUUUUUGCCGAAUGCUAAAAGGUGCUAUCAAUUAGCAUUGUUACAUUUGCUUGCUAAGUGUUUGUUAAAUUUCUUUAUAGAAUUUUUUGGUAGGUAAUAUUUAUCUAAAUUUGACUUUUGCAUUUUCCAAUGUUGAAGGGACAAAGUAGCUGAUACCUGCUGUGAAAGGCACAUUAUAUUUCUAGUUUCGAAAAAAUAAUAGAAAAUUGUUAUUUGAAGUUUUAGUAAAUAUGUAAAAA